UGCAAACGCCGCAACUAUUUCGUUCCUAUUGUUUUGAGGUGAUCGUUGUCGCAGGUGUGUCGUGUGGGAAGUUGUGACUCCUGUUAUAUUUACACUCUAAAGUUUCGCAUAGAUUAGAGUAUAAAAUGUCCGAGACCGAAGAACAGCCUGAGACCAUGGAUGUUGAAGACAACUCUGAGACGGACAGAGGCAAGCGCUUUGACUACCUGCUGAAGCAGACAGAGAUCUUCUCGCACUUCAUGGCUGGCAUGAGGGAUAAGGCACCCUCAUCGCCACUCAAGUGCAAGCCUGGACGACCAAAGAAGAAUCCUUCCGAGAGGAAGGCAUCUGCAGGAGACCACCGGCACCGCAUGACGGAGCAGGAGGAGGAUGAGGCCCUCCUGGCGGAGAGCUCCAAGAACACAAAGCUCAUCACCCGCUUUGAGGAGUCCCCCACCUACAUAGAGGGGGGCGAGAUGAGGGACUAUCAGAUCCGCGGGCUGAACUGGAUGAUUGGGCUGUUUGAGAAUGGCAUCAAUGGCAUCCUGGCUGAUGAGAUGGGGCUCGGCAAGACCCUGCAGACCAUCUCGCUCAUGGGGUACAUGAAGCACUACCGCAACAUCAACGGCCCCCACAUGGUUAUUGUGCCCAAGUCCACCCUACGUAACUGGGAGAACGAGUUCAGGCGCUGGUGCCCCAGCAUCAGGGCCGUGUGCCUCAUCGGCGACCAGAUUGCCAGGGCAAACUUCAUCCGCGACGUGAUGAUGCCCGGCGACUGGGACGUGUGCAUCACCUCCUACGAGAUGUGCAUCAAGGAGAAGAGCGUCUUUAAAAAAUUCAACUGGAGGUACUUGGUGAUCGACGAAGCUCAUCGCAUCAAGAACGAGAAGAGCAAACUGAGCGAAAUUGUGCGCGAGUUCCGAGCCUCGAACAGACUUCUGCUCACCGGCACGCCUCUGCAGAAUAACCUCCAUGAGCUGUGGGCCCUGCUUAACUUCCUCCUGCCAGAGGUUUUCAGCUCCUCCGAGGAUUUUGACGCUUGGUUCAACUCUGAGAGUUGCUUGGAGGACAACAAGCUGGUAGAGAGACUGCACUCUGUGCUGCGGCCCUUCCUGCUGCGUCGCCUCAAGUCUGACGUUGAGAAGAAGCUCCUGCCCAAGAAGGAGACAAAGAUCUACUUGCCACUCAGCAAAAUGCAGCGCGAGUGGUACACAAAGGUGCUCAUGAAGGACAUCGAUAUCGUGAACGGUGCGGGGCGCGUGGAGAAGAUGCGCCUGCAGAACAUCCUCAUGCAGCUGCGCAAGUGUGCCAACCACCCCUACCUGUUCGAUGGUGCUGAGCCUGGGCCUCCCUACACCACUGACUACCAUCUG